CCGGGCGGGCGACAGCAGCGUCCCCCCCCCGCACCCCCCGCGCGGGCUGCACUUGCACCGCUCGCUCGCGCGCAGCCCGGCGCAGCCCCGCGCGGCGCUCGCUCCUCCUCCCUCCUGCGCCGCGCGGCUCCCGCGCUCCCGGCGACUCUCGGCCCCGAGCGCGCGGACGGGAGCCCAGACCGACGGCCCCGGGGACGCCUCGGCCCGCGCCUCCCGGGCGGGCGGGCUAUGCUGAUUGCCCCGCCGGGGCCGGCCCGCGGGGAUCUGCACUGCCCGGCCCGCGGCCCCGGCCACCAGCGGGGACUAUGAACCGGAAAGCGCGGCGCUGCCUGGGCCACCUCUUUCUCAGCCUGGGCAUGGUCUACCUCCGGAUCGGUGGCUUCUCCUCCGUGGUCGCUCUGGGCGCCAGCAUCAUCUGUAACAAGAUCCCAGGCCUGGCCCCCAGACAGCGGGCGAUCUGCCAGAGCCGGCCCGACGCCAUCAUCGUCAUCGGAGAAGGCUCCCAAAUGGGCCUAGACGAGUGUCAGUUUCAGUUCCGCAAUGGCCGCUGGAACUGCUCAGCCCUGGGGGAGCGCACCGUCUUUGGGAAAGAGCUCAAAGUGGGGAGCCGGGAGGCGGCCUUCACCUACGCCAUCAUCGCGGCGGGUGUGGCCCAUGCCAUCACCGCGGCCUGCACCCAGGGCAACCUGAGCGACUGCGGCUGUGACAAGGAGAAGCAAGGCCAGUACCACCGCGAGGAGGGCUGGAAGUGGGGAGGCUGUUCGGCCGACAUCCGCUACGGCAUCGGCUUCGCCAAGGUCUUCGUGGACGCCCGGGAGAUCAAGCAGAACGCCCGCACGCUCAUGAACCUGCACAACAACGAGGCCGGCAGGAAGAUCCUGGAGGAGAACAUGCGUCUGGAGUGCAAGUGCCACGGGGUGUCCGGCUCGUGCACCACCAAGACCUGCUGGACCACGCUGCCCAAGUUCCGCGAGGUGGGGCACCUGCUCAAGGAGAAGUACAACGCGGCCGUGCAGGUGGAGGUGGUGCGGGCCAGCCGCCUGCGGCAGCCCACCUUCCUGCGCAUCAAACAGCUCCGGAGCUACCAGAAGCCCAUGGAGACAGACCUGGUGUACAUCGAGAAGUCGCCCAACUACUGCGAGGAGGACCCGGUGACGGGCAGCGUGGGCACGCAGGGCCGCGCCUGCAACAAGACGGCGCCGCAGGCCAGCGGCUGCGACCUCAUGUGCUGCGGCCGCGGCUACAACACGCACCAGUACGCGCGCGUGUGGCAGUGCAACUGCAAGUUCCACUGGUGCUGCUUCGUGCGCUGCAACACCUGCAGCGAGCGCACCGAGAUGUACACCUGCAAGUGACCGGCUGCCAGCCAGAUCUCCGGG